GGAAUUAAAUCUAUUUCUCCCCCUUUACUUUCCAGUUCUAGUGUUCUUUGACAGAAGUCUUGUACAUGCUAGGCAAGCUCUCUGGAGGUUACAGCUUAGCUGCACAUCCUAUUCUAAUUGCCUAACUUAGAACUGCACUUUGUGCGGCAGAUAAAGAAAAUGGGCGGGGGAUGCUAGACUCCGGCUUCCUUGGGUCUUCCGGGACAGAAAAAAAAAAAAAAAAGCACAAGGCUAUGCAGUUAUUCUUGGAGUUUUCAGGGGAGUCGGUUAACGGCUUCUGGUGGAUAGUUCGCCCUGAGCAUAGGCACUGCUGCGGGCGUCUUUGGUUCCUGUGGCUUCGCCUUGCAGCCCUGGGGCCUGAGGAGGGGUGUGGCCGGAGCUUCCACUUGGGACACUCACCAAGGGUUUUAAGGCCGCACUAAGGUCUACUGGACCUUGCCUGGAAUUCCUCAUGUUUCUGAAGUUUCCAGUGUACAUCUGAGAUUUCCCCGCCCCCCGCCCCAGGAAUAAUUUGUUUUGAAAAUCCUAAAUGCAACGAGUAAAAAUAACAGUUGUAGCUGUCACCAGACUAGAGAGUCCAAUGGGAUUUUUCCCAACAGAGGGCUCUAAGGGUUGGAAGGCUUCAGUGAGAAGUGCUGUCCGAAGGCAGAGAAGGACCACAGGACAGCUUUUACUCACCACCCCUAAGUCUCCCGACAGGGACCUUUUUUUUUUUUUUUUUUUUUAUUCUUGAUAUCAACUUUUCUUGAGGACUGCAGAUACCACAAGGCUAAUUUCCAGAAGAAAGCAGAGUUCUCUUCCUGGACAGGGGUACACAGACCUCAAGGAUGUUUGCUCACAGGCUUUGGAAAAAAAAGGAUGCUGUUGCUGCUGAUGAAGGUGAUCACACAGCUCUGGAAGGAGACACCCGAGAGUCCGGGUGGUACUAACAGUCCCUCCAACAACAAAGCGUCCUCUGUGACACCACCCAACUUGUGUGCCCAUCACUUUAUCCUGUGGUGCUUCCUGGACGUUUAUCAAUAUUCUGAGGAUAACCAGUCGUCCUCCAUAAAACACAGAAAUGAUCCACAAAGCUUAAUUGUGGAAGAGAGAAGAAAAUACAGGACCCUGUAGUUUGAGGAUGCUUGACUUGAUGGAAACUUCCAGAACUAAAGAGGAAGAAGACCUCUUAUUCUUGUGUAAUGGGAGUGAGGAGGGCAGGUUGGAAAUGUGCCUCCUCAACGCUCCCUUCCUCUUCAGUCUCCCGGGGAGGAGGUGUCACGGCUCGGAGCCCCUGUCUGUGGCUUUCACCUGCAGCGCGGGCUCCUGCUUCCGGCUCCUUCCUUCCUCUUUAGGCUCUUCACACUGCUCUCCCAUGUUACAGAGAACCAUCCAGUGGAUGCUGGCAGUGAGCCCAGACUGACAGCUCCCUGUCACUCUCACUUUGGACCAGGGCUAAUCAGGACAGGAAUAUGAAGGUGCUGCCUCGGGUCCCAGAGGACCAGAGGAAGAGCUGUGUCCCCUGCCUGCAUGGGCCCAUACUUUGUCUCCAGAAUCACCUAUAAGAGCCUCGAACUCCCCUCUAUCUCGGGUCAAUCCCCAAACUCAGGCCGGAACAUCAUGGGCACAUGAACCAAGGGACUUCUCCUAACUGCAGCCCCAGGCUUGGAGGCAGAGGCAGCAAAGGGUAGGUGUCCUGGGAAAGACGUGUCUUCAGUUAACUGAAAUGAAGCGCCAUUGGAGAACCCACAGACGCCACUUACAGGGCACGGCCAUUAAUACAAGAACACCAAAGCGCAGACCUCCUCCAUUUCCUUUUGCUCUCUGAUUGCUUCUCCUUCUCUCGGGCUCCCAGGCAGAAGGAACGACCUGCUAAUGAGAGCCCCCUCCCGUUGGCUUAUGUUUGGGAUGAUGUGCUCUGGCCCACCUGCAGAAUCUUCAGACUCUUCCGGGCUCUCCUCACCCACGUCACAGAGAUCCAGAGGAAAGGCAGCACACAGAGUCACUCGCCCAUCCUCGAUACACGAGAAGCUACCCAGGCUCACAGGAAGUCAACCUCGUCUGCCCUCUGGUUUAGGACUUUUCUGAGAGCGUCCAUGGUGUCCGUGACGUUUGAGGAUGUGGCUGUGCUCUUUACUCGGGAUGAGUGGAAGAAGCUGGAUCACUCUCAGAGAAGCCUGUACCGCGAGGUGAUGCUGGAGAACUACAGCAACCUGGCCUCACUGGGAUUUCCAUUUACCAAACCAAAGAUGAUCUCCGUGUUGCAGCAAGGAGAAGAACCCUGGAAAGCAGAGAAAGAAAGUCAUGGCGGCUCCUCUCUUGGAUGCAACAGCAGUCUUCAAACCACAAAAUCAACUCAAACUAAAGAUUCAUCAUUUCAGGGAUUAAUGAGGAAACAACUCAAAAGAGAUGAGUCCUGGGACUUCACCUCAGGAAAAUUCUGCAGAGCUGACAAGAGUUUUAAAAAGCAGGACAAAAAUGAAAGCUUACAAAUAAUUUCAGUCACCCAUACAAAAAUCCUUACUGUAGAUAAAAGCCGUAAGAAAUUUGAAUUUGGUCCAAACGUCAGCCUGAAGUCAGUUGGUAAGCAAAAGGUUUCUAGAGAAAAAACACAAAGAAAUAGCCUCAAGGAAAAUUCAAAUUCACUUAAUCAACCAAAACGCUAUAAAUGUAGUACUUGUGAGAAAGCUUUCAUGCACAACUCAUCCCUUCGAAAACAUCUGAAAAACCAUACUGGAGAGAGAUUAUUUCAAUGUAAAGAAUGUUUGAAAGCUUUCAGCCAAAGUUCUGCUCUUAUUCAACAUCAAAGAACUCAUACUGGAGAGAAACCCUACAUAUGUAAAGAGUGUGGGAAAGCCUUCAGCCAUAGCGCUUCCCUUUGUAAGCACCUAAGAACUCAUACUUUGGAGAAAUCUUAUACAUGCAAAGAAUGUGGAAAAUCCUUUAGCAGAAGGUCUGGCCUUUUUUUGCAUCAAAAAAUCCAUGCCCGCGAAAAUCCUCAUAAAUAUAACCCAGGUAGGAAGGCAUCCACUUCUCUUUCAGGAUGUCAGAGAAUUCAUUCCAGAAAAAAGACCUACUUGUGUAACGAAUGUGGUAACACCUUUAAGUCUAGCUCAUCCCUUCGUUAUCAUCAGAGAAUCCACACCGGAGAGAAACCUUUCAAAUGCAGCGAAUGUGGCAGAGCCUUCAGUCAGAGUGCAUCACUUAUUCAACAUGAAAGAAUUCACACUGGAGAAAGGCCCUACAGAUGUAAUGAAUGUGGGAAAGGCUUCACUUCUAUUUCAAGACUCAAUAGACACCGAAUAAUUCACACUGGGGAGAAACUGUAUAAUUGUAAUGAAUGUGGCAAAGCCUUAAGUUCCCAUUCAACUCUUAUUAUUCACGAGAGAAUUCACACUGGAGAGAAACCAUGUAAAUGUAAAGUUUGUGGGAAAGCCUUCAGACAAAGUUCAGCUCUGAUCCAACAUCAGAGGAUGCAUACUGGAGAAAGACCUUAUAAGUGUAAUGAGUGUGGGAAAACAUUCAGGUGUAACUCAUCCCUCAGUAACCAUCAGCGAAUUCAUACUGGAGAGAAACCUUAUCGAUGUAUAGAAUGUGGAAUGUCAUUUGGCCAAAGUGCAGCUCUUAUUCAACAUCAGAGGAUUCAUACAGGAGAGAAGCCCUUUAAAUGUAACACUUGUGGGAAGAGUUUUAGACAAAGCUCCUCCCUUAUUGCACAUCAGCGAAUUCAUACCGGAGAGAAACCCUAUGAAUGUAGUGCAUGUGGGAAACUCUUCAGUCAGAGAUCCUCCCUUACCAAUCAUUAUAAAAUUCAUAUUGAAGAGGACUCUUUGAACACAGAUUUGCAUGAGUAAAAGCAAUUAACCAAAGUUCCUCAGAGAAUAUAUACUUCAUAUUGACUUAAUAUAGUGAAUAUGAAGAAACUUUCAAUUUAGGCCUAUGAGAUUAAAAUUACAAAGAUAAACAUUGGUUAUGUAAUAAUAGAGAAAAAUUUCCUACCUUUCAGUCACUUUUUAAGAUCAGAUACUUUGCAGUUGCAGAUAUUAACAUGGGCUGUUUAUAUGGUAAAAUGAACACUUUUAUUUUGUCUGCAUAAUAUAUAAUAUAUGCAAUAUAUAAACACUAGAAAAGUCUGAGUUCAGGAGUGCUGUGCUUUUGUUAUUAGCAAAAGGAACAUCAGCUAUUAGCAUAUUUACUAUAACUAAUAUUUUAAUAGUAAAUAAAUUAUAUGCAUUUUUCAAGCAAGGGACCAAAUUAAAAAAAAAAAAAAACUACCUCACAGUGUCUGAAAUUUCCCUUUUCCUACGCUGUUGUCAAACUGCAUGAUUUUUAUUAAAGAGAAAAAAUUGUUCUCUUAAA